GUUUUAUGUCCAGCUGGUACCUGAAACAUUGCCAGAUUUGAGUUAUUAAUUAUAAUUCCCACUGUUAUUUCAGGUAUUUCUAAACUACCGUUUAUUCUGAACACUCAUGUUUUCAACGAAAGUAUUUGAAUUUAAAAGACCCACUGCAAUGUACUGAUCACCCAACAGCAAGGAACUAUGCUGACUAUAGGGCGAGGGUCCAUCGAGUCAAUUGUGUGUGUGAUACUGAGGGUCCCAGCACUCUUCAUUGUGGAGUCAUGGUUUCGUACAUCACAAAGAGAUGUCGCCAAAAGUGUUCUAAAAAACCAGCCAUCGGAAACAGAAGGUCUUUAUGCUUUAGGAAGCUAUACAGCUUUGAUCUUUGCGGCAAUACUGGCAACUCUUCCUCUGCGGAAACUUGUGAACCUCUACAUGCAUUUCAUUGCACUGAUCCUACUCUUCAAUGAACACAAGCUGUCUCAACUAUAUGUAGACAUGCAUGCUGCCAGCAAUGAAAUCUCCAUCUUAGACGAUGCCAAGGGAUCGGCCGGAAUGCAGCGUUUUGUGACGUUUAUAGGUAUCCAAUGUGUUAUGGCGGUUCUCACCGCGUAUCUACUGGAUAUUACCAACUGGGUUCGAUAUACAUUCUUUGUGUUCACCAUGCCAGUAUUCGCUUGUGCUAUGGGAACAGGUCUGGAGGAGCAGCAGGUUGUAAUUAACAUAGCAGCCAUAUUUACCGUUAUUAUGAUUGGCCUGUAUUUCCUGAACUGUAUUGGCAGUAUCAUCAAUAUGUGUAAGGAGGCUGUGAUGCAGGUGUAUAUCUCAUUCGAGGUGGUUGGAGGUAUCGCUACCUUGGCCGCAAUGUGGUAUUCUCUUUUGAUUCCAGUGCAGCUCCUGGUAUUCUGGUUAGUGAUGUUUUCGACACAACUUUUUGUGUAUGUGAACUCUACCAAUCUCCCGGUGUUAGAUGAAGGUGUGAUGAUUACAUUUUUAGCCAGCAUAGGCGAAUGCUGCGCAACACCAAUAUCAUUAUUUGCACUGUCAGUUACCAUUUCAUACGCUUCGUUCUGUAUCCUAACCCUGACUAAAAUCUACCUACAAGGUUGGUCUACAUAUCAGGCAGAUAAUGACGCGCUGCGUGGCUGGACGGAAGGGUUUACCAUGUUAUUGAUCGCCAUCCAGACUGGCCUUCUUGAUCUGAAACCUUUACAGAGGGCAUUUCUGAUGAGCAUUCUUCUUUUCAUCGUUGCAUCAUCACUCAUUCAAUCUAUGUACGAAAUAUCAGAACCCAUUUUACUAGGAUUAAGUGCUGCCCACAACAGAAACAUAUUCAAGCAUAUACGCGCUGUGGCCUUGUUCACAUUCCUUUGGAUGUUUCCGUUAUUUAUGACUUACUCAAUUUGCCAUUACUUCGAUCUUGAUUUUUGGUUACUAGUUAUCAUGUCAAGCUGCUUGCUGACAACAGUCCAGGUCAUAGGAGCUCUUGUCGUCUAUGCACUUUUCAUGUAUGACUCCGUAAGUGCCAAGAACUGGGAUUCCCUUGAUGAUGUUAUAUAUUAUACAAGAUCAGUUGUACGUGUUUUGGAGUUUGUGGUGGCCGUGUUUAUUGUCUGUUACGGUAUGAAAGAAUCUAUUGCCGGCGAUUGGAGUUGGAUCAACUCCUCUAUACUUAUCAUUCAUUGCUAUUUCAAUGUGUGGCAAAGACUCCAGACCGGAUGGAAAAGCUUUUUACUGCGGAGGGAGGCAGUGAAAAGGAUGGAAUCCCUGCCACAUGCUUCAGCAGAACAAUUGGCCGCAUACAACGACGUAUGUCCAAUCUGUUACACAAGUUUAGACUCGGCAAGGAUCACACCAUGCGGUCACUACUUUCAUGGAACGUGCUUGAAAAAAUGGCUUUACAUCCAAGAAAAUUGCCCAAUGUGCCAUAAAAAUAUUUACCAGAACUCGAUGGACAGUUCUCCAGGUUCUGGUGACAAGGACGUUGUCAAUAGGAACAAUAGGGAAGGUGAGGAAAACGAUGAAGAGGUUGUGCAUGACUACGAUGAGAUGAGUGACAAUACUGUGAGUAACGAUGAUAGAGACUCGACACAAGGGGGCGAGAUGGAGGAGGACAACAGUUAUGAAGGAAUUGAUGAUGAUAUUGAUGACGAGUAAUGAUGAUGAGAGUAAAAAUACCUGAUGACAAUUAAAUUUUUAUUUUAACCAAGCUGAAUAAAUUAAUUCUUUAACACU